AUGGCAAAAAUCAACUUUUUGGUCGUAUUUGCGCUUGUUUAUGUUAUGACAUUCUCCAAUGUGUAUUCGUUUCCUUGGCGUCGUGCCUGCACAUACAUCGAUAACAUCGGAUGCGAUAACACCGGUCAUGGAAACAUUGGCAAUUCUAAUGCCGGUGAUAAUAAUAUCGGCAGUGAAAACGGCUUAGGGAGUACAGGUACCAAUGUUGGUAGCAAUAAUAUCGGCAACGCAAAUGGAAAGAAUAGCGAUUGUGCUGCAUCAGGUUACCCUAAUGGCUCUGGUGUAGGCGAGCAUAAUGGAAAUUUGAAUAUUGGUAACAAUAACGGUGCGAAUUCUGGAAAUGACAACUGUGUUUAUAAUCUAAACACUGGCAGCGACAAUGGAAACCGUAAUAUCGGCAAUGGUAACGGAGAAGGAACCGGUAAUGACAACUAUCUUACUCUAGAAUCUGGUUCCCACAACGGCGACGGGAACAUUGGCAGUGGAAACGGCCAAGGCAGUGGCAACAACAACUCUUUCAUGCUUCAUGACGGCACCAAUGUAGGCAAUAAUAAUGUUGGAAAUCAGAAUGGUCAAAAUACCGGAAAUAAUAACUACCUCAAGGGAAACAAUGGUGUAAGCGUUGGCAAUAACAAUGUCGGAUCCAACAGCGGAUCAAACUUAGGCAAUAAUAACACGAAGUAG